AGAGUUGAUGACAUACGAUAAGAAUGGGACUAUGAAUUCAGCUCCACUGUCACAUAAAAACUCAUGAAAACUGCCAUAGCAGCGGAGAACCAUCAACCUGAAGAAUUGGACAUGUUGAAGGACGAAGGAAGAGCGGAAGAAGGAUCUGUGUCCACUGAGCAUGACCUGGGCUCCCGUGGGGCAGUUCAUGGUGUGUCUUUACCAGAGGAGAAAUUUCAACGCGACAACAGUGUAGACUUCAUGAAUUUGCCGAUGGAAAAUACUGAAGAGGAAGCACCUCCAACCUUCAAAGAUACAAAAUCUUCAAAAGAGCCUGCAGAUGUUCACUCGAAAUCUCUCACGGUUUCUCCUUCAUUCCAGUUCACAGGGCUGAAUCAUGUCGCCUUUUGUUGCGAGAACCUGGAGAAAUCGUUGGAUUUUUACUGUGGACUUUUGGGUUUGAUGACUAGUCCAGAUAGACCAGAGCUUCCGUAUAGAGGAGCUUGGUUACUUUUGGGAGCUGAGGGUAUUCAUAUCAUGGAGGUUCCCAACCCUGAUCCAGUUCACGGUCGGCCUGGGCAUGGUGGUUUCGACAGACAUGCAUGCUUAAACUGCAAGAAUGUUGAAGGUCUUCGACAAACACUUGAGAAAGCAGGGAUACCGUACCAGCACAGCAUGGUGCCCUCAAUAUUCUGUCGCGAUCCUGAUGGCAAUGGAUUGGAGUUUAUUGAAAUUAGUCCUCUGAAAUGAAAAUUACAGUCUCAAGAUGAUUAUCAUGAGAGACGAUUUCAAGCCUCAAAAGAAAUUGAAAUACAAUGUAUAAAUUUCAGUGAAAUCCACAUCAGGAUCACUAUCAGUUGUCAGAUAGAGAGUAGGAACAUAGUUCUUUAAAUUUUGUGGUCAAAUUCUGAUUUAGUGUGAUAGUACAGAGAUACAUUGCGACGUAGAUAAUGUAAAAGAAUGUCAUUUCCAAAUUUGAAGUACGAGGAACAAUCCUCUGGAAUGAUGAAAGGAAUGUUAUGAAGUUUCAAGAGAUAAAUUUCUCCAUUAAAUGGUGAGCUAGUCCCCAUCUGGUAAAGGCAGGACGAUGGGAUCGACUUGUACAGGUCUGGUUGUAAUUUGAUGCCAAUGUUUGUCUUAUAAUACACGCAGAGACUC